CAAUCAACAGAAAGCAACUUUUGACUUGUACGAGGAGCAGUGUCAGUCUUCAUUUGUUAGUUGUUGUUUUGAGAUGACCCAGGUAGCUCAGGGUGACUUUAGAUGGGUUUGGUCCCUCCAAUAGCCUGGACUUCAGUCAGAUAGGGUUUGUGCUGGGCCACUGCUCUCCCAGCUGGGUCAGCAGACGGCCCAAGUCAGCAACUCUCACUAUUACAAAAUCGGGAAAUUCACGGUGGAAACGAAAUAGCACAGAUAACAGGAAUUUUUGGACAGUCGAUGAAAGUCAAGGUCAGGCCCUAGAGAGUUCUGCGUCACAGUCCAUUUCCACCGGCAACCCAAAUCCGGCGAGCAAGGCACGUGAGAGGAACAGAGGAGAAGAGAAGGGGGCAGAGAAGAACAGGGCGGGGCAGAGCCGGGGCGUUCUCGGCACCGGAGGAGGCGCCCGGGGAAAUCGAAACUGCGGGGCCGAGCCAUGGCCGCCGUCAUCGAUCUGGAGCGGCUGCAGCGCGUCCUGGAGCUGCAGUGCUCCUGCUGCCUGCAGCUCUUCGAGGAGCCCGUGCGGCUCACGGACUGCGGCCACAGCUUCUGCCGGGACUGCAUCCUCCGCCACUGCUCGGGGCGGCCCCGCGCCCUCUGCCCGCUCUGCCGCCGCCCCUUCGAGUCCCAGCACCUGCGGCCCAACCGCGAGCUGGCCGCGCUGCUCAGCCUCAUCCCGCGGGAGCUGCUGGAAAACUUGGAAACACAGGACGAGCCGGAACCCUGCGGAGCUGCUGCUUGCAGCGACCUGAGCUCGGCGGGGCGGGGACCUGGGGAGAAGGAGGAAGAGAUAUGGGAGAGCUCCAAGGAACAAGAAAUAACUGCAGAGACCAUCCACCUGUUGAGAAAAGAUCUCAAUAAAACAAAGGAAUAUACAUCUCAGUUCAAAAGCCAGAUUACCAAAUACUUCUGUUGCAUGAAGGAAUAUGUUGAAAGACAGGAGAGAAACACACUGAUGUUCAUUGAACAAGAGCAAAAAGCUGCUCAACAGAAAAUUGAAGAGACUAUUCACCAGCUCACAGACAUCAAAGCCCAAACCAGUGACUUAUCUGAGAGGCAGAAGUAUGAAGGCUCACCUUCAACAAUUAAUAAAAUUACACUUGAUGAGAAGCUUAAUGUUGUCAAAAGUGCUGUGGAAGAUCUGAAGAGAAAGCUGGAAAUUUUACUCUUGGAGAAUUAUGCUCAGCAACUCCCACCAGUGCAGCCUCCAGACUCAUAUCAGGAGCCAAGUGUCUGCUCAUCAUCUCCAGAGUCUGCAGCUGCAAGACCUGAACCAAGCUUUUCCAGCCAGUUCUCUCAGUGGGCAGAGGAUGUGACUUUUGACCCCACAAGAGUACACGAGCGCUUGGCACUCACAGCCCAGAACAGGAGAGUGGUGGUUUCCAGCCACCCAACCACUUAUCAACCAUCACCCAAAAGAUUCUGCAUCAGCCAAGUGAUGUGUUCACAGGGCUUCUGUGCUGGGAGCCACUACUGGGAAGUAAUUACCAAGGACAGUGAUGGAUGGGCUGUUGGAGUUGCUCAUGAAAUGAUUGGUAAAAGGGAGAAAUUGGGAAGAACUGAGAAUUCCUGGUGUGUAGAAUGGCUGGGUCCUAAAAAACAGCUAUCAGCAUGGCACAAGGAUCAAGAAACAUUAUUACACAAGGACAAACCACUGAAGGUUGGAGUUUUCCUGGAGCUACAAAAGAAGACCGUGUCAUUUUACUCCAUCACUGACAAAGAAAUGCUUUUGCACACCUUUGAAAUCAGUACCUCAAAUCCUCUCUACCCUGCUUUCUGGCUGUACACUCUAGAAAGAAAUGGAUCUUUAACUAUAAGUCAGCCAAACAGGAGAUAAAGCCUGUUGAGAAGAGGGACAAUUUUGGCAAUGACUGCAGAGUUUCUAUUCACUCCAAGGAGUGAAUGCAUAACUAUCCAGGCUUUCCUGGGAAUCAGCAACUCAUACUUCUGUCUGCUCUGCUUUUCACACUGUGCUCUAGUCCAGCCAUACUUCAUUAAAGCAAUUCCAGCCUAUGCUAAAGGCAGUAAGCACCCCUGUGGGAGUCAGGUGGGUUUCUCAAGAAGCUUCAAGUAGUCCCAGGAUAUUCCUAGGAAAGAAUGUGCUGAGGAAGCUCUAAUGUUGGGGAUAAGCCUUUCUCAUGGACUUCAUUUUUCCUACAUUGAUAUAAAAAAAUACAGGAGAACAGAUGGUGCCAUUA